CCACCAUCGAGGCGGAAGUGGGAGAGCGACGUCACUCCCACAAUGCCCCGCACAAUGGGGCCGCCGGGGCCUGGGCCGGAGCCGCGCCUGGCGGGGCCCGGGGGAACGGGGUAGCUUUGAAACCAGCACAGAUGGGUGAGCUUGUUCAGAGGGAAAGAAGCAACUACCUGGCAAAAGUGGCAGAGACUCCCAGAAUGCGUGCACAGCUCUGAAGCAGGAGAUGAAGAUGUUUUGCUAUUAAAUCAGUUUGGUCACAGAGGGUUCCAACAGAAAACUGCACUGGGACAACAUCACAGCAAGACGCCUGCAGGCUUGAGUUCUGCUUGACAUGACCAUGUUCUACUAGACCUGCCAUGACGGCAUUUUUUCCCAGUGUUCCCAACUGGAUUCAAGAUGCAAAGCAGGAGGAGGAAGAGACAGGCUGGAAAUUAGUCCCCAGACCAAGAGGUGAAGAGACCGAAAGUCAGGGAAAAUGCCAAUGUGAAAUUUCCGAGACCUCCUUCUCUAAUGUCGAUAAGCUGAGAACUCACACGCUUUCUCAUACUGAGCAGAGACCAUACAACUGCCCUCAGCUGCACUGUGGCAAAGCCUUUGCUUCUAAGUACAAGCUAUAUAGGCAUAUGGCCACACACUCUGCUCAGAAGCCUCAUCAGUGCAUGUACUGUGAGAAGAUGUUUCACCGGAAAGAUCACCUUCGCAACCACCUCCAGACUCACGAUCCAAACAAGGAGGCCCUCCACUGUCCUGAGUGUGGCAAAAACUACAACACAAAACUCGGCUUCAGGCGACAUCUGGCCAUGCAUGCAGCUGCCAGCGGUGAUCUCAGCUGCAAGGUAUGCCUCCAGACGUUUGAAAGUACCCAAGUCCUGCUGGAGCACCUCAAAGCUCAUUCUAGGCGGGCUUCUGGUGGAGCAAAGGAGAAGAAGCAUCCGUGUGAUCACUGUGAUAGGCGCUUCUACACCCGGAAGGAUGUGCGGAGACACUUGGUAGUGCACACGGGGCGGAAGGACUUCUUGUGCCAGUACUGUGCUCAGAGGUUUGGGAGGAAAGAUCAUCUGACCAGGCAUAUGAAGAAAAGCCACUCCCAGGAACUGCUGAAGAUUAAGACAGAGCCAGUUGACAUGCUGGGUCUCCUAAGCUGCAGCUCAUCUGUUGCAGUGAAAGAAGAGCUGAGUCCUGUCCUGUGUAUGGCAUCCAGAGACAUGAUAGGUGGUAAGAGCUUCCCUGGCAUGUUACCUGUGGGCAUGUACAGCACACAUCUCCAAUCCAUGCCAAGCUCAGGGAUGCCCCAUUCUUUGGUUCCCAAUUCUCUUCCAAUGGGAAUGAGCUAUCCUCUGGAGUCUUCUUCUCCCAUCUCCUCCCCGCCGCAACCUCCUCCAAAGUAUCAGCUUGGAUCUACCUCAUAUUUGCCUGAGAAACUACCCAAAGUAGAGGUGGACAGCUUUUUGUCAGACUUCCCUGGCAGCCUGUCUCUCUCAUCUGGUGAGCCUCAGUCCUCUUCGCCUCAGCCACCCCCCCUGGAUGAGGCUUUGCUUUCCAAGAGCCCUGCUAAUCUUUCAGAGGCUCUCUGUGCUGCUAACAUGGACUUCUCUCAUCUUCUUGGCUUCCUCCCCCUAAAUCUUCCUCCUUGCAAUCCACCUGUAUCGUCAGGGGGGUUGGUCAUGGGCUACUCACAGGGGGAGACACAGCCACUGCUUACCACUUUGCAACAUCAACCUCAAGAAUCUCCUGGAGCCGGGGCCUCGCUGAACUUUGGGCCCCUUCAUUCGUUGCCCCCUGUCUUCACCUCCAGCUUGAGCACAACUACGCUGCCGCGUUUCCACCAGGCAUUCCAAUAAGCUGAAAAUAGCACUGGAGAACAGAUCUUUCAGUCACCCUUUUGUGGAGAGCCUUAAAAACGCACAACUCUUACUUCCCUUUGGGGUGUGAAAGCUUUGCAAAGCUGUUUCAGACAGGAGGUUUCUGGUCUCUGGAGGGAGCACUUGUAGACUGGAACAGCAGAUAUCCCCGUGCAAGUCCCAGUCCUGUACAGCGAAAAGAUUUCGUCUAAUAGACUGGAUAUAUUCUAUCUAAUUUUUAAUCUGUGAAUCAGGAGCCGCGCUUAGCACUGACCUUCCCUGAGAUCCCAGAGCUGUGUUCCUCUUUGGGAAGGGACUGUCCCUGAGAAGGAGUUGAGACUCUUUCAUCUUGGGCUAAACUUUUGAAGAGUCCAGCUUCCAUUUCAUGUUAUCACACUGCAGUUCUGGCAAAACAGCCAACACCUCCACAUGGAGAAGUCAGGAUACCCACUCUGUUUGAAGCCAAUGGGGAAGAUGCUGUCCUUCCCCACUACCUCUCAUCCCAUCACCUAAUAGCGCUUACUCCACCGAAUACAGCUUACUCCACAUCAGUGUUAAGCAACAAGACCGUUUACAUAGUGAAUUCAGAAACAUCACCUCAUUCUUCUUUGCGGAGCCGUUAGGUUAAAGUCAUUAUAGUGAACAUUGUUUACACAACACAAAUCUGUUUCCGCCAUUAUAAAAAUAAGAGGCACCAGAAUACACUGGGUUUAUAUCUGGUGUAGCUAGAACACUGUUUACACAAUGAAGUCAGGUUGCACUGAUUUCUCUUCACUUAUCAUGUUCUUCCCCCAUGGGGAAAUACACUGCUUUUUGGACCACUUCAGUCUCUGCCACUGUAGGCAGCAGCUUCCUGCAUUUUCUCUCUGGCUAUCCACGCGUCAAGGGGAUGGAGCAGCUCUCACAGCUUAGCUUGUUUUUGUGGUGUAUGGAUAGAACCCUUUUAAAUAUCUCCCACAGGCAAACAGAUUGUGCAUCUGUUCUGGAAACCAAAGCAUGUGAAAAAGCUAGGUGAGGAGCUCGGGGCCAGCAGCACCGAGUACUGUCAUACCAGGUGUGGAUGAGGACAGGCCACAGGCCCCAGGCCCCUGCUUCAUAGUUUCCUUUGAGAUGAGGAACAGAGUAUGAGUUUCUAGGUAUUUUUUUUUACCACAACAGUUCAGUAAAGUCAGUACCUUUUUUGGCUUAUCCAUGAAGCAGUCUCAAGAGGUACAUUUUUACCUCAGUCCUAGGGUGAUAACGUCCAGGAAUCAGGAGGAAAAAUUGGUCCCAGCUUCACGUACACUCUUUUCAGUGUGUUUGAAGCAUUUUCCCCAACACUAAUAGUUCUAACAAACACUGAGGAUUUGGGCCUGCAGUCACCCUUUCACUUAGGAUUGGAUUCCACCAGUCUUUUUGUUCACUCCUUCUCAGGCCUUGCCUCCCAAAGUUAAAGUCCUGCUUCCCUUGCUGCCUGCCCCAUCUGUUAAAUUCUUCCGGGGACUGCCUACCUACUGCAGGCAGAAGGGUUACACUGGGAAGUGGCAGCCAGCUGCUGAUGUCACUUGGCAUCUGUAUUGUCUCCUGCUCUCAUUUUCCUGGGCGCUUGUACUUCAGAUAAUAACACACGGAGGUCAAUCGCACUAUACGUUGGUGCAUGUUUAUGAAUGCAGUCACGCAAAUCUUCAUACCUCAGCAUGGAGGAACCAUUGUAGGCCAAUAUAAACCAGGAAAUUUGUCAAUACUGUUCUCCAUAAGUCUAGAAAAUGCAAAAAUCUACCUCUACUCUGUUAUCUCAGCUCCAUCAGUGAAGCCAGAUGCUGUCCCCCCCUCAUCUCCCCAGAGCACAUUCAUUUCAGUUGAUGCAUAUUGCUUUCUGCUGAGCCAUUGAUCCUACAGUGUGACAUUAGCUGUGCCUCGUUUGUUCAUAGGCUUGUCCCCCUUCUGUUUUACUCAAGAAUUUUGUUUUUAAUUUAGCUUAGUAAUUCUUCCCAGAAUGACUGUUUAGUGAUCCAUUGAUUCUCCAAAACAUAGAUCGGUUGUUUUAGGUUAGCCAGCAAUGCUGCAAAUAAUACUUUUGUAUCAAAAUGUAAUAUAAGAUUUAUUUACCUCAGCAAUAUCCUGUGGCAAUGAUCUCCCCAAGUUAAAUGCAGUACUUCCUUCUCUCCACUGUAAAAUGUUGCCUUUCGAAGUUCAACGAGUGCCUUCUUCUUCUCUAACACAGAAAAGGUAAAUAGGGCGUUUCAGCUAGUCUUCUGUUUACCAUCACUGAAUACCUCAGGCCUGUCUUCUAUUGCUUUUCUCUUUGCAAAUUAAGAGAGUUUCACACUGUUAUCAAUUAUAUGCAAGCCUUAUCCCUGUUUUCGGUUGAGAGGAUUUGUUUUGUUUUAGAAAUAAAUGGUCAGAACUGAUUGCUGACUGCAAGUGAGGAUUGUCAGGUUUAUGCAACGCCAUCAUACACCUUCUUCCAUUUCAGAGCAUUCGGCUUUCUUGCUUUUUGCCUGCAUUGUACUCUGAACAGAUGUCAUCACUGGAAUUCCUUUAGCAGUGGUAGCUAAACUUAGAGCCAGGCAUCUUUUUCCUACCAGUAGGCUGUCAAAGAAUAAAUGGAAUUCAUUUUGCUAUUAUUUGCAUGUGUGAUUUGCUUUCCACACCUGUUCUAACAAGCAGAAUUGCAAGAACAUUUGUCAAUGAAAGGGAAGUCUAAACCAGCAAAGGGAGCGCAUUUAGCACGCUGGAGCUAAUACUAGGUAUUUGCACGGGAAAACAAGUUCAAAGUUCCCGUUACACAACAGAGUUUAUAAUCUGCAAGUAUUUUGUCAGCCUAUCUAAAACUAACGAGGCUACUUCUGUUGGAAAUACUAAGUGUGCAAUUCACAAAACAAUUCAUUUCCUGAAACUAGUCAGUGAACAACUUUUACCUGUUCAUAAGGAAAAACUUUGAGCAUCUAUGCUACACCAUUUGGGAAUCAAAGUUCAUUGGGACGUAUGUGCUGAGCUGUUACAAAAAUCAGCGGAAGCCAGCUUAGACAAGCUCCUGCUAAUGUGACUAUAGGUAAAACACGAUGGUAAACUUGCCUCCCUGGGGUGUUGAUUGCUGCAGCACAGCCUGGAAAACUUCUCUUGUGUCUGUGCAGGACUUACGUGCGUGAAGGAACGGCAGCCAUUAUGCUAGUUAUGUGAGAUGUUAAAAAAAAAAUUCAUCCCAGAAAGGGUUUGGUUUGGGUUUUUUUUGUGGUUUUUUGGUUUUGUUUUAAAUCAAGGUUUAGGAAUGUUUAAGUCAACAUGCUACUGUCUCUUCAGAGAUCAUUGUUAAUCUAGGGAAUAGGAAACUAUGGGGAAGGGUGGUGAAUGUGGGACAGAGACUCAUAGCAGCAGUGUCUGUGAACACAGGACCAAGCGUUACAGUUACGUGUUGUUUCAAGGACCACAAAUUAGGGGCUCCAGGUACAGGGUACUGCUGCCAGCCAGCCAGGACAAAUACAAAUUUAACCAUCUCGAGAGGCACAAAAUACUUUUGACGGAAGAGAGGAGCUUUUAAAGCAGCAUUUUCAGAGGCUUAACGAGUACAGGAGACAGCAAGUGAGGCUGAACUUUACAGCGAGAUAAGGUAGCAGAGAAGUACUGAGACGGGAUACUAAGCACCAGCUGUACAAAAGCAGGACAGCUCAGGGGGCUGAACCUGUCAGAGCUGAUGAAACUCAACUGUAACAAACGUUAUGUCAGUAGAAGUCUCACAUCUUACCCUACAAACAGUGUGCAAAGCAGCCAGUAAAGAUGUGCAGCAUUUUAAGUGCUAAACGAAGGGCUUCGUCACAUGGCAGAGCCCUGUGAACCACCCUGUUACGGUCUCUAUUCCAGGCACAUCUGUAUCAGAAAGGCGGCAUCGGACUGAGCCCAAGAGGAGCAACUACAUCAAAUAAUUGGUCGGGAGGGUUAAGUUAAGAGGUAUUUUAAAGUGUGGCUGACGUGGAGGGCAUUCAAGACCAACAGAAACAGUGCAGACAGCUAAGAUAUAAAAUCAUAGAGCUCAAGUCUGUGGAAGGACAAGACAUGAACAUGCCAGCCACUAUCAAUCAGACCCCAGACACAAAGAGGCAAGGACAUAAUGUCCCGCUGGAAACAAGAAUGAUUCCAGCUUGCUCAUUAGAAAAUACGCAGGAGAAGCCAUUUCUGUGGCAGCAGAGGGUUAACUCACCUAGCCAGUCCUUCCCAGGCUCAGAUUUCUAGAGCUGUGUGAAAGUCUGAAGAUCUUUUUCCCCAUGGGAUUACAGCUCGCACAAAAUCCAUUUGUAUGAAGGAACAACAUGUUAACUUGCAUUUGCUUCCACUGAGUUUCACUUGACAGAAUAUCCACGUACAGCGUUUUUACAGACCCUGUUCAGCUGUCUCACAAUAGUGCCUGCUCUUUAGCCUUAGUGUUGAAAAAUGUUGUCACUUCAAUGGGAAUCCCUUUUUUCCCUCCAGUAGAUUGAUGAUUUCAGUACUUUUGUUGGGAGCUCAGCUCUUUGUUCUUUAAUUCCUUCCUUGCUGACAGGUGAAUAGCAGCUGCUUGGAAGAUCUCCUGCAGUUCACUGAAAAAUCCCCGUUUCCUUUCUCUACCAUUGCAUCACCUUUGCUAUCUGGAAAGAAUAACCCCACAGAGGCAUUUUCUACUGCCUGCAAUUACAAUUUUUACAAAGAAAUCUUCAAAGAUGCUCUCCUCAUCACCCUACCUUCUUGCUUAUCCUCUCUAAUCCUGGUUAGUCAGGCUCACUGAAUUCUCCCUUGGGUGCCUAUUUUUAGUUAAUUGCCUGCGCAAGCCCUGUAGAUAUCCUGCCACCAAAGAGCAAAGUGGAUGAAUGGCUCGGACAGAAGCACUUCAUUAAAACUUUAUGGGUUUCCAUCUAAAGAUGGAAUUUUCCUCUUUUUUGUAACUUACUUUUGUGUUUUUCCCGGUUCUCAGAGAUGGGAAUUGCCAUCGGAAGCUCUGAAUACGGUCCUGCCUGACACCUGCCUAGCAGAAGGUGGUUUGGUUCAGCAUGGUUUGCUGGACCAGGACUUGGGGAAACCACGACUGUUUUCACUCGUGUCACCGACCCCGCCACCUCUCGCCCUUUCUGUGCGCGUUUCCCUCUAAGGGGCCACAGCAAUACCGAGCCUCCCUUGUAACGCAGCUGAAAGCUGACUGGGAAACAUGCUGUUACCACUGACAACUUUCUCACAGGACCACUGUUUCCCUUUCCUCCUACCACCGUGUCUCCAAUGUCAGCAGACUCCUCUCAGGUUCUGCUGUCCCUGCCAUACACUCGCAUCGGGCUCACCUCCAUACUAUUCCCACCACCCCACAGUGUACUCGCUUCAUUCUGGUGAAUAACCAGGAUCCUUUAGGAAUCUUUCCACAUGUUUCAGCCACUCUGUAGCUCCAGGUGAGGAGUUUUCUCCCGAGCAUGCAGAACCAUCUCGACACAGUUUCACAGACUACUUGCCACUAAAUGCUUUAGGCUGCCACAGAAACGGGUCAAGCAGAAAUGGAACUGGCAAUCAGAAAUGAUACCCAGAAAACAUCACAUUCUGCUUCUCACUAAUCUAUGCCACGAGGUUAGCUUAGCUUUCCUAUCAAAAGUACAUUUUAUUUCUUAGGUGCACAGGUUGGCUUGCAGGAGAAGACUGAAGCAUCUUCCUCACUGUGCGUUCGUAGUUUAAGCUAGGUCUGCAGCCAUCCUUUCCACCAGUGCCUAAAUAAUACCAGCACACAUAAGGAACAUAUGUGACACAGGGGGAGCUCAUCUAUAUCGAGAGAUCACAGCAACAAGGAAAGUUAAAGGCAUUGCAGAAGAUAAAGAGUAGGGACUUUGGAAACUGGGUGUUUUUUAUUACUAUUAAAUAGGUCAGGUCUUCAUUUUCAGUUAGCGAAAACUCCUCAACAUUAAAGUGUUUUGUUAAAAACCAACCAUCCCUCAUUUUAACAGCUAUCUUCACCUUCGUUCUAUUUCACAUACUGUGUCUUUCUUUGAAACUACUAUGCAAGUAGACAACCAGCUGUAAUGCAGAAUGUACUGAGACGAUGAGGGACAGCUUUGUGUGAAGCCUGCAGGACAGGAACAGCUAUGGCAUCCAUCACUCAGCACAUGGGUCCUGGCUGGUUUAGCCAGGUGAACAGAUCACUUACCUGUCCCGGCAGCCCAUCUUCCUCUGCCGUUCCGUGUCUUACGCUUGAAGGUAACACACAAGCCUUGCUUAUGGAACUCACCAGCACGCCCUGCUCGAAGGUGCAGCUGGAAAUGGUACCCAAGCCUGCAUACUUGAGGAGAGAGCUAGCAUCAGCAGCGGGCAGAUUCUGUAACUUCUGCUAGAAGCCUGGCUUGAGUUUAUGACUUCUCCUUGCCCUACUGAGUGCCUCAGCCUUGACUGCUUUGUGGUUUUUUUCUCUCCGCUCUAGUGACCCCUAGUAUCUAGGAACUACUUUUAGAAAGGUUGUUUUGUAAUAUUUGUACCAGUAUUUUCCUUAAAGGAGGAUAUUGAAUAAAAAAACCUGCAGAUGUCUGCCUUCAAGGUGGUCUGACAACCGGGUGGUUGCAAGAGGGAUGGCAGAAGCAACCCGUGGAAGCCACAGAGACGCCCCGGGAGCAAUCAAGCUCUGAAACUGCUGCUGGAGGAAAAGCUACUGAGUGGCCUUCGCAGCCAUGAGUGCGCCGAGAGCCCUGUCCCAGGCAGGGCUGCCCUGCCGCAAGCUCUGCCACGCGUCGGAGGCUGCAGCCAACCGGAGGGCAGCAUUUGAUCCAGAGCCGGCAAACAUCCCGGUGUAGGGGAAAGAAAGGUUUGGGCUUUCUCAGCCCUGGGAAGCUGAUGGGAGAGAUGUGGUGUGUCUCUCACCGAGGCUGCAAUUCACGCUCUCUUCUCGUGUGGGAUCUCACCAGGCCAGUGCCUGACCUCCCUUCCUGCAGCUACAGCUGCCGGAGCCAGAAGCUUCUCAUUGUUCAAGCUCAACUGGUUUUCUAAAAAACAAACUUUCUAGCACUUUUACACACAGUGAAUAACCUCUUUUAUGGAGUAUUUUGGGAGGCAUAAACAAGGUUUUUAAAUUGUAAAAAUGCUAAGUGCCAUUAGGAAACGUACGGUUUAUCACUGAAAUUAGUUCUUUCAUUGUCCUGCAAAAUGAAGUUCAAAUUGAAAGCAUUUUUUAUAAUGAAGUUGUUUAUUAAAAGCAUUUGAAUUAUC